AUGGCCGUUCCUCCAAAGCAGCUUAACACUGACUACCCAGUCAUUGACACAGAUCCGCACUUUUGGCGUGUUAUCCGCUAUGCCCGUCCAUCCGACUACGCCGUAGGAGCUGGUACUGCGGCUGUCGGACCUGCCCUCUUCUGGUUAUGGGAGAAAAAGUCCCCCGCCAUGCUCCCCAAGGGUGCAUUCGCACAGAGCAUGCGUCUUGCCGGAGCCCUUGGAGUCACCGCUGGUUUCUUAAGAUUCUACCUUGGAUCAUCUUUGCGCUUCUGGGGCUGGACCGAGAACCAACGGGAAGUGGACAUGGAUAUGAAGGAAAUGGUGGGAAGAGUAAAGAGGAAAGAGCCACUUUAUGGAGAGUCUAUCUUGACUCCGUACAUGCAAGGAGUUGCCGCCCGCAACUCUCGAUACUCCCAGGUUUUUUUCCAUGUGUUGCCAUGGUUCAACUUUGUCAACCACAACCAGCACGGUGUGGACACGACCAAGUACUUUCUUGCUGCUGAAGAGGAUCUGGAGAAAGAGCGUGUCCUCCGAGAAGGAAAAUAG